AUGGCACGCUGCGAAGCUCCCUCGUCGCUGCCGCCCAUGAAGGACCUGACAACAGAGAACAUCACCGAGAACGUCCACACAGUCAACUCGCAAUGCUCGGAUCCGCGCAUCCGCUAUCUCUUCGAGCAGAUCGUCACGCAUCUUCAUGAUUUUGCGCGGGAAACCCGUCUAUCCACCGAAGAAUGGCAGGCCGGGAUCAAGUUCCUGACGGAAAUCGGACAGAUCAGCAACGACCUGCGCCACGAGAUGAUCUUGCUGUCCGACACGUUGGGUCUCAGCAUGCUCGUCGACUCGAUUAACCAUCCGCGUCAGCCGCCCGCCACCGAGGGCACGGUGCUGGGUCCGUUCCAUACCCACGACGCGAAAGACAUGGCCCACGGCGCGGUGCUGCACUCCGACCCCAACGCGACGCGGCUGCUGUGCGUGUGCUCGAUCAAGGACUCCCAGGGCAAUCCUGUGCCGGAUGUGAAGGUGGAUGUGUGGGAGGGCGACUCGAAGGGGUUUUACGACGUGCAGAAUCCGAACCGGGCGGGCCCCGACGGACGCGGUGUGCUGCGGUCUGAUUCCGGGGGGAAUAUCUUCUUCAAGGCGAUUGUGCCCGUGCCGUAUCCGAUUCCCAUGGAUGGGCCCGUUGGAAAGAUGUUGCAGAUGCUGGGUCGGCAUCCCAAUCGUCCGGGACAUGUGCAUUUCAUGAUGGACAAGCCGGGGUACGAUCUGUUGAUAACGGCGCUCUACCCCCGUGGAGAUCCGUAUGAAACGUCCGAUCCUGUCUUUGGGGUGAAGGAGUCGCUGAUUGUCGACCUGUCCACCGUCGACGACCCGGACAUGGCUGCCCGGUAUGGCGUCGAUGUAGGCACGAAACUGCUGACCUACGACUUUGUCUUGUUGACCGAGCAGGAGGCGCGCGACUUGCGCAGGAAGAAUGCGAUUGAGGCGAUGGAAAGACAGCGGCGGAAGGUAUACUUCCACAAUGACUUGCCGGUGCCGGCGGAGUAG